AUGGGGCCGAAAUGGGAGAAGUUCACUUCAGAUCCCGUCGUCAUUUAUUGUGGUAAACAAGCAGACUUAAGCGGGGAUACCAGACAUUUUGCCGAUUUUAUUGAAGCCGCAGAUGGACCAUCAACCUUUGAUUGCCCGUCAAGCCUCUGCUGCUGGUCACUCCUCGUUGGCAUGUUUACAAUCCCAAUCACCUUCACAGGGCGGGAUGUACGUGGUGACGCUGUUGGACCGAUUUGCCGCCGGCAUCUCCCUCAUCUUUGGGGCAUUCUGCCAAGUCGUCGCGGUCUCCUGGAUCUACGGUAA